AUGCAGCCGUUCAGCAUCCCCGUUCAAAUUACACUCCAGGGCGGCCGGCGGCGCCAGGGGAGGGCAGGCUUUUCUACCUCAGGGAGGAAGAGAAACAUAGAGCACAAUGAUGGGGACCUGCCAGAUGGGCGAAAGAAGCUGCCUUCCAGCGCUGGGGAGGACCGAGCCAUGCUGCUGGGGUUCACAAUGAUGGGCUGCGCAGUUCUAAUGUUCUUCUUGUUUGGAGUAACCAUCCUAAAGCCUUUCAUGCUCAGCACUCAGAGAGAAGAAUCGAACUGCACAAUCAUCCACACACGGAUCACGGAUGACUGGUUGGACUGUUCUUUCGCCUGCGGUGUGUACUGCCAAGGUCAGGGCAAGUACCCUUGUCUUCAGGUGUUUGUGAACCUCACCCAUUCAGGGCAGAAAGCUCUCCUACAUUAUAAUGAAGAGGCUGUCCAGAUAAAUUCCAAGUGCUUUUACACACCCAAGUGCCACCAAGAUAGCAGUGAUCUGCUCAACAGCACUCUGGAUGUGAAGGAGUUCUUUGAUCACAAAAAUGGGACCCCCUUUUCAUGCUUCUACAGUCCAGACAGCCAAUCGGAAGAUGUCAUUCUCAUUAAAAAGUAUAACCAAAUGGUUAUCUUCCACUGUUUCUUUUGGCCUUCACUGACUCUGCUGGGUGGUGCCCUGAUUGUCGGCAUGGUGCGAUUAACACAGUACCUGUCCCUGCUCUGUGAGCAGUACAGCGCUGCACUCAGGGAUGAGGUAGGUGGCAAAGUGCCUUUUAGGGAACAGCAUCGAUUCAAACUGUGGGGUGUGGGGAGAAGCAAAGGGUGGAGCCGAGACAUCUCAAGAUGGUGGCCAAAUUGAAGUCCUGACCUUCAGAGACCUGCGAUUU